AUGAGCCAAAGUAGCAGAGAGUCAUUAUGCCCGGCGGGGGACAAAGAUGUGCAGCCAAACUCGGAGCAAAGUGGCUUUUUAGCCCAAAAGUCAACAGGAGGGGAGAAUAGCCGCUUGAGGGAAGCCGACAACGUUUGCUGUCAGAGGACGGUCGUCCUUCGCAAGGAUUCGGCUCUAGCCCCGCGCCGCGUGGGCGACAGUAUCGCUACCCUCUCGGAGACCGCCCGGGAGCUCGGCGAAGCGGUGUCCGUGUCUAUGGGGCUUUCCAACGAAGAGGUGCACUCACUCCCCCGGGGCGCCUCCAACGACCAUCUUCAGUCCGGGUGUUACUACCAAGCGGGAGCCGCUAUGUACAGGUGCUCCCCGGGGCAAGAGUCCGAGUCCAGGCAGACGUCUUUGGAGCACUCCAAGUUCACGCACGGCAACUCUUGCGAGUUAACUUCCAGACAGCACGAGCGCGCCAAUUUAUCCACCGCACCGACGUGCACUUUCACGGCGUCGUCGUCGUCGUCGGCGCACCCGAACCUCGAAGUGGUACCUUACGAGCCCCCGUCUUCGGGCUUCGUCGCCGGGUACCCGUUUGGCUCCACUAUCAAGUCAGAGGAAGCGAACGACGAGACGCAGUGGGGCGGCAAUUACAGUCAAGGGGCCCGCUUCAACUCGCAGCUUUGGGGGUCCAGGCAGUGCUUGUCGACGCCGCAGUCGGGCGGAGCGAACGCGGCGUUUAUUUGCGAGCCGUACGAGAGGAGCUCCGGACGUAACGAACAGUGGUACCCCGCCUGUGGCAUGGUAAUGCCGCCUUACCCCGGCGCCAGCAGCAUAAAAACCGAGGAGGCUCCGUGGCUAGAUGUCACCUACAACGACUCCAGGUUUGAGAUGAGCAGAGAGCACAUGAUCCCCAUGGAGUUCUUCUACCCGCCACAGAGAACAUGCUUGAUUUGUUCGGACGAGGCGUCCGGGUGCCACUACGGUGCGCUGACUUGCGGCAGCUGCAAGGUUUUCUUCAAAAGAGCGGCAGAAGGCAAGCAGAAAUACUUGUGCGCCAGCAAGAACGACUGCACCAUUGACAAACUGAGGAGAAAAAAUUGUCCGUCCUGUAGGCUGAUGAAGUGCUUUCAAGCCGGGAUGACUCUAGGAGCACGCAAACUAAAAAAGAUCGGACAGCCGAAAAUUGCCAAAGAUCAGGAUCCACCGGCGGUGAUCCCGAGUUUGUCCAUUAAAUCCAACCUGAACCCCAACAUGAAGGGGGUCUUCGUUAACCUCCUGGAGUCCAUCGAGCCGGAGGUGGUCAACGCGGGCCACGAUUACACUUUGCCCGACUCGGCCGACACCCUGCUCACCAGCCUCAACCAGCUUGGAGAAAGACAACUAGUCAAAGUCGUCAAAUGGGCGAAAGGACUCCCAGGUUUUCGCAGUCUCCAUGUUGAUGACCAAAUGACCGUCAUCCAGCAGUCGUGGAUGGGUGUGAUGGUGUUUGCCAUGGGGUGGAAGUCUUUUCAAAACGCCAAUGCUAGAAUGCUGUGGUUCGCGCCGGAUCUCGUCUUCAACGAAAACAGGAUGCACGUCUCCACCAUGUAUGAGCACUGCAUCCGAAUGAGACACCUGUCGCAGGAGUUCGGCUUGCUUCAGAUCACGCAGGAGGAGUUCCUCUGCAUGAAGGCCCUGCUCCUCUUCAGUAUUCUUCCGGUGGAAGGUAUGAAGAGCCAGAAGUACUUCGACGAGCUGCGGCUCACCUACAUCAACGAACUGGGCCGCCUGGCAGUCAGCUCCGAGAGGUUAUACCACCUCACGCGACUGAUGGACUCCCUCCAGAUAACCAUCAAGAAGCUGCAUCAGUUUACAUUUGACCUGUUCUGCAAAGCUCAAAAGCUGCAAACCAGGGUGACCUUCCCGGAGAUGAUCGGCGAAAUCGUCUCGGUCCACGUACCAAAGUUGCUGUCGGGUUUGGCCAAUCCCAUUAUGUUCCACAAGUAG